AUUAGAGGUGUACUUCUUUUUUUAACUGAAUGUGACCUCCUUCAGUUCCUGUUGAUCUUCCGGAGGGCGGCGGCCGGAGAGCUGCAGGAGGAGAGUGGUCUGAUGGCUCUCGCCAGGCUGUCUGAGAUCAACGUGUCCACCGAGGGAGUGAUGGGUGCCAAAGACUUCUUUGAAGCAAAGAUGCAGGCUCUGUCUGUGGGCAGCAAGUUCGAAGCCGAGAUCCAGGAGGAGAAAGAAGAACGCAAGAGACAGGAAGUGGAGAAGAAACAGAGACAAGCCGCCUUCAAACAGCUGCAGUCGGCCUUCUGCUCCUGAGGCAGCGAGUCGGUGUUCCCAACAGCUGCUCAUCCACUCACCCUGAACACAAAGAUAGCAACCAUGCAUUGAAGUAAAUACGCACUACAAUACCUCGAAACGUGUCACAGACGAGGUUCAAUCAUUCCAGACUUCAUGCAGCUGUUCCACAGAAAACGUGACGUAUCUUAGAUUUAUUGUGCGUUUCUGUGGAUUUAUUUCCUUUUGUGUAAGAACUGGAAGUCUUCAUCUCGAGGUGUUUCUACUUAUUUAGACAAAGUUAAACUGU